GGAUGGUGUUUGGAAGUAGAAAGAAAAUCCUUACCCGAAGAAUGGCCAAGACCCAGGCUCCCACUCAGAACCUCUCAGAGGGCAGACCAGACAAGCAGCUCUGGGGAGCAGACAGUGGUUCUCCUGCCGCCAGGCAGUGGUCCCAACAGUUCCAUGAUUCUGUGAUGUCACUGAAGAGGGAAGAAUGGGCUCCAGACGCUCCCAUCUCUCCUCCCCUGGAUUACUGUAGUUUUUGGGAAACCUCACAGAAGAGAACUCACUUCAAAUCGAGCUGGAAGACACCAUCUGGACGGCCCGUGAGCAUGGACGUGUCUUUAGAAGCGAAUCUUCCCGCCUUUGAAAGCACCACCGUCACUUUCUUCAUCGUCCUUCUAAUUUGCUUCAUUUGCAUCUUCCUUUUACUGGUGUUUUUUUUAUAUAAAUGUUUCCAAGACAAAAAAGAUGAAGUGGACGAAAAAAGUCCUUGUCUAGGUGCUGACGGAGGUGAAGACUGCUCCCCUUUACCUGCUGAUGAGGACACCAACGACGCAGGAGACCAGGAAAAGAAUCUAGUGCACGUCAUAGACUUGAAUGCACCCGCGAGACCUGGCAUCCUCGUCCAGAGACGGAAUAAGCAAGUGGUGUCAGCCUCAGGAAACACAAAGGACGAGGAGGCAGAGAGAGAGGACGAGACAAAAGACAGGCAAAAGCCUGCCGAAGCUGGAGACAUGAAUCAAGAGAGUGAAAAUUUGCAGGAAGCACUCCUAUCUUCAGUAAGCGAAAGCCAAAAAAGACCUUUGAAAGGAGUGACAUUUUCUAAGGAGGUAAUUGUUGUGGAUCUUGGAAAUGAACACCCUGCACCUCAAAGAUACGCUCAACAACACAAAGAGAGAAAGCGAAGCCACAAAAGGAACAAGACUAAAGGAAACACAAACGUUGAAUAGCAGUGGAGUGAGUGAGGGUGCCAAGGCAUGCUGAAACUGCGAAACACAAUGAUGGAAUGAAGCAAAUACAGAUGCCUCAGACAGUGCACCAC